AUGCAAAUUCCGCUUCUAGGAGCCGUCGCGCUCCUUCUCAGAGCGACAAGUGCGGUGUUUGCAGAUGAAGCGUGGAGCACCGAUUAUCACUUCGCGCUCGUGGGUUUACCACAAGAAGACACUACAUUUUUCCAUCAGCCGGACCCCAGCUCUAGAGCAUCUCUCAUUUACACGCUCUCCGAGGAAGGCGUUCUGGGAGCUCUGCUACCUCGUGAUGGUUCAAUAGUGUGGCGGCAGCAACUGCUAUCAAGCCCACAUUCAUCAUCAAACGCGAGUUUCCUGCGGGCCAGCGACGAUGUUGUCAUUGGAGGCAUUGGUGGCGCAGUAUCGGCAUACGGCGCUGCGGACGGAAGGUUGGCUUGGAUCAGCAAUGUUUCUGGACGCGUCGAGGAUCUGGAGAUUCUGGAGUUGGCUGAUGGAUCUACAUCGGUUGGAGCAAAGGAUGCCAUUGUACUGACCAGCGGGCAUCGUCCCGCCGUGCAGCGUUUGGACGCAAUUACAGGCGCUGUAAAAUGGRCGCACAGUCUGGACAGCGGAGACAUACCCUACCAAGUCUCCGCAUCCUCCACGGAGGUCUUUGCCAUACUACUUCACAAGACUAUGCUUGGCUACAUCAAGAUCAAAGUCAUUGCCCUGGAUCCUGUCUCGGGACGGAAGAAUGACGAAUACACGCUCAGUUCUGAUAGUGAGCUUGCAUCCGCCGAUACCAUCGUGUCGGUUGGUGCCAAUUCUGCCUCUCCCAUAAUUGCUUGGACAGACGCCGCGCACACCGUGCUGAAAGUGAACAUUGUUGGCUCCAAGGCUGUGGCUUCGUUCGACAUUGAGAAGCGCGKCGACGAAGUUGUUGAGAAGAUCCGGCUACACGCGCCAAAGCACACAAAUUCAGCCGCACACUUCCUGGUGCACUACGAGACCAACCUCGGGCACUGGGCAGAUGUUUUCCACAUCAAUCUUGCAGCUAACAAGAUCGAAAAGGCAUACUCUCUGCCCAAGGUCACCGGCAAGGGUGCUUUUUCGACGAGCACUGCCAAUGCCAACGUUUUCUUCACCAGAAUCACCAGUAGCGAGGUACUGACAGUAUCUUCAAUCUCGCAUGGCAUACUGGGCAAGUGGCCCAUCAGCAGCUUUGGAAUUGUUCCCGCGGAUCUCGAGAGCAUCGAACCUAUUCACGCCGUGUCCGAGGUGUCGGUGAAAGACAGUGGCGUGUCGGCUUUGAGAUCCGCCGUUCUGCUAUCKACUGGCGACUGGGUUCUUCUCCGAGAAGGCAGUGCAGUGUGGCAGAGGCCAGAGUUCCUCGCAAAUAUUGUUGCGGCCACAUUCGCGGAUCCAUCAGAGGUGCAGGCUUUCGCACAAGAGUUGGAAAUUGAGGCUCAUAGCAAUGCAGUCUCUGCCUACUUCCAUCGUGUGAAGAGACACAUUCAGGACAUCCAGAGGAUUCCAGAGCUCCUCGCGAAUCUUCCCCAGCGGAUACAGAACGGGCUGUUUGGCACAACGGCCGACAGUGGUCUCAUUAGUGAUGUAUUCGGUUUUCACAAGGUCGUUGCCUGCGCUGCAAAGAAUGGAAGAGUUGCAGGGCUGGAUGCCGGAAACCCGAACAGGAUCCUGUGGAGCACCCAAGCUGUCGAUGUGAAGCCGGGUAAGACUUGGAAGCCAUCCUUUACUUCUGCAUCGGAAGGCGUGUUGGUACUUACGCAUGGCAUUGAAUCUGCUGAAGUAAGAAUCAAUGCAUCAACUGGUGCACUGGUGACGACCUCAUCUCCUGUUGACCAUGAAUCCACUCCGACUGGCGCGAUAGCAUUCACUCUACGCGACAACGUACUCGAGGCAGUGAAGCCGGGUAGCGCAGGUGCUGUGUGGCACUUCACUCCAACAGCAGAAGAGCGCAUCCUCAGCCUAGUUCCGAGGCCCGUCAAUGAUCCAGUGGCCUCCAUUGGUAAAGUGCUCGGCGACCGCAGGGUGUUGUACAAGUACCUCAGCCCAAACCUUGCUUUGUUGGUGACAGCCAACGAUGCGACCAACUCGGCCUCCUUCUACGUCUUGGACACCGUCUCUGGAGCGACUCUGUAUUCCAACAUCCACGACAAUGUGGACCUCCAAGCACCGAUCCCAUCAAUCAUGUCCGAGAACUGGUUCGCCUACUCGUAUACAGCGGAAACAGCGGAGAGCGCACCAAAAGGUCACUAUCUCGUAAUGGGAGAGAUGUUUGAAUCUCUGAUCCCCAAUGAUCGUGGUCCACAGAGCGCAAGCUCCAACACAUCAAGUCUGCAAGCUCCUGCUGAACCAUUCGUUCUUCUACGCUCAUACCAGAUUCCUGAAACGAUCCACAGGCUUUCAGUCACGCAAACUCGACAAGGCAUCACAUCCCGCCAGCUUCUGGCUGUGUUGGCAGAUUCCAACUCACUGGUUGGCAUUCCAUAUGGCGCCCUCGAUCCAAGGAGGCCCAUUGGGAGAGACCCAACAAAAGACGAGCAAAUGGAAGGUCUGAUGCGCUACUCUCCAACUCUGGAUCUUGAUCCCAAAUGGUUCCUCAACCACAGGCGUGAAGUCGUGGGCAUUACAAAUGUCAUCACGACCCCCGCACUUAUCGAGAGCACCAGUUUGGUGUUUGCAUAUGGAUUGGACAUUUUCGGGACGAGACUCAGCCCAAGUUUCAGCUUUGAUAUUCUGGGCAAGGACUUUAACAAGUUCCAGAUGUUAGCGACURUGGGUGCGCUUGCUGUUGCUACAUUUGUUGUGGCGCCCUUGGUCGCGAGGAAACAGGUCAAUGCUAGAUGGCAGUUUGCCUGA